CCGGCCACUGGUUGAACAAGACCCGGUCCCGCCCACUGGAGGAGUUAAUAACUUCAGUGUGACAUAAAGCAGCAGCAGCAGCAGCAGGUCAUCAUCAUCAUCCACUGGAGGACACCAGCAGGGUGGCUUCUGUUACUGGAGGCUGCACACACUGGACAUGUUGUGAAACUUUACUCACUUGUUUUUUGUUUCUGUUCAUGAAAGAAGCGUCACAACAAUGUGGAAACCCUCCUGUGGAUCAGACAGCACCUUCAGCUGCUCCGCUGCUGCUGCCGCCGCGGUCACCUGUCUGCUGGUGACCGGGAUGCUGGUCGUCACUGUCGGACACCCGAGCAGCGGAGAGCCGGAGGAGCCUCCAGCUGCUGCAGCGACGAAAGUUUUCUCCGCGUAUUUCAGGAAACUCACCCGGGAGAGGCGAGCGAUGAGCGGCCAACCGAGGAGGAGCGCUGCCCCCGGACCGGUGGAGCAUCUCUCACCGGCUGACCUGUUCAUAGCGGUGAAGACCACCGGGAGAUAUCACCGGCAGAGACUGGAGCUCCUGCUGGACACCUGGAUCUCCAGAAACAUGCAACAGAUAUUCGUGUUCACUGAUGGAGAGGACGAGAAGCUGAGGAAGAGGAUGGGAGCUCACCUGAUCAACACCAACUGCUCAGCGGCUCACAAUCGUCAGGCCCUCUCCUGUAAAAUGGCGCUGGAAUACGACACUUUUAUUAACUCUGGCAAGAAGUGGUUCUGUCACGUCGAUGAUGAUAACUACCUGAACGUUGGCUCUCUCCUGAAGCUCUUGUCUCAGUACGGUCACACUCAGGACGUCUACAUCGGCCGGCCCAGCCUGGAGCGACCAAUAGAGGCCACGGAGAGCCUUGGCACCACUGAAAUGAAGCCGGUGCGUUUCUGGUUCGCCACAGGAGGAGCAGGAUUCUGUCUGAGCCGAGGCCUCGCCCUCAAGAUGAAGCCCUGGGCCAGUGAUGGCAGCUUCAUUGCGACAGCUGAGCACAUUCACCUCCCUGACGACUGCACCGUUGGUUACAUCGUGGAAGCGCUGCUGGGCGUGAGCCUCAUCCGCUCAGCGUUGUUCCAUUCCCACCUGGAGAACCUGGGACUGGUGUCAGACAUACACAACCAGGUGACUCUCAGCUACGGCACAGUGGAAAACAGCAGAAACACUGUCAACCUGAAAGGACCAUUUUCAAUAAAUGAAGAUCCUACAAGGUUCAGGUCGGUCCAUUGUCUGCUGUACCCAGACACUGCUUGGUGCCCCGGCCUCCGGCGACACUAACACCAUCCAGAGAGACUGACUGGUGGUGGAGGAGGAGAAGAAGUAAAUGUCUGGCUUGACUCAAUGUUCUCUGAUAGAGGAGGAAAUCAUUGCACAUCCAGGAAUAAAGAGAAGGAGUCUCACUGCUGCCCUCUUCUGGCGUGAUGAAGAAACAUUUGGACAUAAAUGUUUUCCUCACGUCCGACAGCAGUCUGAGUAGUAGACUGACUUUUUUUAUGAGGGACUAUGAGGGUUUUAUUAGUUUGACACCUGAACUUUGACCCUGUGAAUUGUUGUUUGGUGUCAAAAGUGCAACCAGACAAGAAGACUUAAGGUCAAAAUGGAGAGACAACUUUGCUCUUUAUAGAUCCUGAGGGUGGCACGAGAGGAAACGUUACCUAAAUCAGAAGGAUUUAUUCUCUGUACGCCUCAGCUCCAACAGCCCGUUCUCAUUCCCAGGGCGUCAAAUACCGACGCUUUGUCUCGGCCGUUGACGUGCGUUACCGAUGCACAAGGCACCCCUUAGCACCGGUAUGAAGCGUACCACUAACUAUAAUGUAAAUCCAUGUGUGGCAACAGUAAACGCUCUGAGAAAGUGCGCCUGGAGUGACUGUGGUGACGUAUUUUAAAUAGCAAAAAAAGACACUCACGGGGCGGGUCCAACAAACACAGGGCUUUCAUCCAGGAAACCGCUGUUCGGGUCCCGUGCGUCAUGUUACAAUCAGAUGUUUGUUCGUGUAUCGUGUUCACAAUGUUCAGUUUAAUUUUCACUUUAAAAACGUAGUAGUUGUAAGCCCAACCAUGUAACCUAAACCUAACUAUAGUGGUUUUGUUGCCUAAUCCUAAAGUGACAACAAGGGGCGUGACAAAGCAGCCAUAUGUGACGAGUUGGGAUGAGCUCCAAACGUUAUAACCUUAUCUUUCCUCUUGUCUACGCUCGACAUCCAUCAGCCUCAGCUGCACCUCGUCACGCUCAGCUGUCUGUUUGUUAGCUUCAGCUGUACUUAAUCUGCUAUCAUAACAUGUGACAUUUCAUAUUAAGGCUGAGAUGGUCAUUUUGGUCUCUUGUAUCUUGUUUCUUUAUUAGUUAUGAUAACAUUGUGUGCUCAACAAAGUAACUGCUGAGAUCCAAGCACAGCUACAACAACAUCAGACGGGGCAAGAAACAUGAGCAAUCAGACAAUCAGAUAGUUCAUGAAAUUGUCUUUUUUACACUUUGUGUAGGUUUUUGUUGGGAUUAAACAAACAAGAUGUAACAUAUUUUUGUUACUGUUGGUCAGAGCCAGACUAGCUGGUUCCCCUGUUUCCAGUCUUUGUGCUAAACUAAGCUAAUCAGCUGCUGGCUGUAGUUUUUAUGUUUAACAUAAGUAUAAAUAUUCUCGUCCAACUUUCAACAAAAAUGCGAGAAAAAAAAAGCCUAUUUCUCAAAAUGUUGAAUUAUUCCUUUAAGUCAAAGGAUUUAAACCACUUUAUUUGGAAUUAAAACUGAAAGUAUACACAUUGAAAUGUCAGUAAUAAUCCCAUUGCACUGUAAAACUGUGUAAAACCUCAACAGGUUCAAUCUUGCCCCACCAAUACUUCUUUUUAGCGAUGUUGCCACAUUUCCAGGUCUCUGUAAUUAAUAUGGUGAGAGACAAUGUUAUUAUUACAGGAUAGAAAUGAUGAGGAAAGACCCAAGUAAGACCCAAGUAAGCACGAAAGUAAGACCCAAAUUGUAAUAAAGCGCAAUUAUCCUAAUCCUGUAAUGUUGGAUAAGUGGCGGUUUUGGUGUUGCUGGAUGAAAAGUCAGAGAAUCCCUAAAGUCACUAAAGCGCUCACCGUCUGGGAGCCAUUAAUGUCUGUACCAAUUUAUUGACAAUACGCUCAAUAGUUUUUUGCAAUAUUUCACUCUGAACCAAAGUGAUGGACCGACAGACGAAUUGACAGAUUGAGAUUAUCAUCCCUAGAGACUAAUCUGCUGCUGUUUAAUGUAGCCUGAUCUGAUUUUCCUCACAUUUUCAGUGUCUUCUCUCCACUUUCUCGGCUGUGAAUACGUUACUUACUCGGUUGCCCACAAGCUCCAGUGUUAAUCAGUUUGGAUUUACAUGACACUGUUACAGUGAAAAGAUGAAGGAACAACAUUAACAUUCAUUAUUUUAUUUUGUCAGUGUUCAGUAUUAUCAUUUCUCUGAAGUAUAUCAUCAUGACUGCACUUUGCUGUUUUAUUUCUGCUGUUUGCAAUUCAUAAUAUUUUUUAAAAAUACUUUUUCGACAUUUUGGGGAAAUACGCUAAUUUGUUUUCUUGACGAGAGUCAGAUAAAGUGGUAAUUAAUGAGCUUUAGAGGUGCUGGUAAGAUUAUUUGGUUUCCCUCAGACAAAAGCAGGCUAGCUGUUUCCUUCCGUUUCCAGUAUUUGUGCAAAGCUAAGCUAACUGGCUGCUACCAUACAGACAGGAGAGUGGUAUAGAUCUUUUCAUCUAACUCUUGGCAAGAAAACAAAUACGAAAAUGAACAUCUUUUAGAAACUCUGCAUGAACUAAUCUCAUAUUCUGAACUCAUCCAGUGAGGCCUCGGUUACAAAGUAUUCUUCCAAAGUGGCGGACAUCACCUGCCUUUAUGAUGUAAGCCCGCUUUCUAUAACGUUACACAGUGGCAGUGUAACAAAGAUCUCCCCAAAUGACUCAUGUUGGGUCGUCUUUCUGUGCAUUGAAAGCAGUUGUUACAACUGAAUGAAAGUUAUUAAGUUAAAUUCUAUCCCUUGUUAAAUGAAUGUAUAUGAUGAACUGUUGCUUUUGAAGCGUGCAUGCUCUCUCCAGUAUCUGGACUGUAUGUAGACAUGUAAUAAAAACAGCUUUUUUGGUC